UGAAGCCAGGAAGAACAAGAUGGAUGAUCAACUCUACAGAAAAGGGAUGGUGAAUGCAGAGAGCUCUUGAAAACCAGAGGAAAGAGAUGGAAAUAACAGAGUAUUCAUGGUUUCUGAGUGAGGAAAUACCCAUAAGGAGCACAGUGGGAGGAGCAGAGAGGGAGGGAAAGGGCAGCAAAUAUCUCCGAUAAGCAGGAUCUCUGGCGACACUGCUGCGUCUGAAUGAUAAACUGGAUCCCUGUCCGAACAUAUGCACUUUUGUCUUUGCGUGGAGCUGAUCUGGUAAGAGGAGUCAGAUAUCAUCGCUACCUCUGGAGACGAAGGGGAAACGACCUACGAAGAAACUGACCAAGGAUUCAAAUAUAUUUAGGCAGCUAGCGACAGCCCAUACCUCAAAAAACUAAGAGCAAACCGAAGCAGGCAUGUCUGAAGAACGUGGUCUGAUAUACUUGGUCACGGGUGGGUGUGGAUUCCUCGGUCGGCACCUGCUGCAGGUUUUACUGGAGAAGGAGGAUCGAUUAAUGGAGAUUCGACUCCUCGACAAACACUCAGACCCUAGUCUACAGGAUCGCAGUACUGAGACGGUAAAGGUGGUGGUGAUACAGGGUGAUAUUACAGACUACCCCACUGUGCUGGAGGCAUCCAGGGGUGCAGACGUGGUCAUCCACACGGCCAGCCUGGUGGACGUGUGGCACAGGGUCCCUGAGAAAACCAUCUACACUGUCAACGUCCAAGGAACUGUAAACAUGAUAGAUGCAUGUGUGGAAAAUGGGGUCCAGUAUCUAGUGUAUACUAGCAGCAUGGAGGUGGUGGGACCCAAUAUCAAGGGGGACCCCUUUAUCAGAGGGGAUGAGGACACUGUGUACAAUGUGUGCCAUGAGAUGCCGUAUCCCAAGAGUAAAGCAGAGGCUGAGAAACUGGUGCUGGAGGCCAAUGGCAGGAAGGUGAACGGAGGGGCGAUCCUGUACACCUGUUCCUUGAGGCCUACGGGGAUCUAUGGGGAGCACCACCAGCUGAUGCGGGACUUCUACAACACGGCGAUGCGCGCAGGGGGGUACGUAAUCCGGGGCGUCCCCCGGACCACAGAGCACGGUCGCGUCUACGCAGGCAAUGUAGCCUGGAUGCAUCUGCUGGCUGCUCGAUCCCUGAGAGAGAACCCUCAGAGACUGGGAGGGGAAGUGUACUUCUGCUAUGACGAUUCGCCGUACAAGAGCUACGAAGACUUCAACAUGCAGUUCCUUUCACAAUUCAACUUCCGUCAGGUGCGGGUGCCCUUCUGGCUUCUGUGGGUGAUAGCGGGUGUGAACGACCUGCUACAUCUGGUGCUGAAGCCUGUGUGUAACUUCACCCCCCUCCUCAACCGCUACACACUGGCUGUGGCCUCCACCUCCUUCACCGUGCGCUCUGACAAGGCCCAGCGCCAUUUCCAGUACCGUCCGCUGUAUGACUGGGACCAGGCCAAAGCCCGCACACAGAGCUGGGUAAACACCUUUCCCCAGAGUAGCAAGGCCUCCUAAAACAGCUGACUUUUCUCAUCCACUUCAAUGUUUCAGUGAGUUCUCUGUAGGGACACUGUACUUGUCAUUUCUGAGCCUCCCAUGUUUUCUUCUCUCUCUCUCUCU